AGCAAAUAUUUUUUUUUGGUUGCUUCAGGCAUAAUCCGUCUAAGGCAGCAUCGGACCCGGGAAAUAAAAUGUCAGCUUCCAGCUAUCCUGGCAAAGGUCCCCUGGACUUGUCGCCCGGACUUCCACAUGCUGAGAGAAACGAGCAGUUUUUCCAGAGGCUGGAAAGCACCAUCUGAUAUUUCCCAAAUCACCACGGAGCGCAUGGGCAACGUGUGGAAGUACACUGAUAGUAGUUUAUCUGGAUCUUCCAUAUAUUUUGGUGAAUAUGCAGCUUAUCCGGGAGGCGGCUACGUUGCGCCUUUGGGGCGCCAUUUGAGGAACUCCCUGAUCAAUUUGGAGUACUUGAAGAAGCACAAGUGGCUGGAUAUUCAAACCAGGGCGCUUUUUAUCGAGUUUUUGACCUACAACGCGAACGUGAAUUUGUUCAAUGGAGUGACCGUGAUUUUUGAAAUAAAUGCCGCUGGUCAUGUGAGCAAGGAUUUAAAGGUCCAAACCAGGAAGUUUCUCAUGAUAGACCAGGAUAGAGUGUUUACCAAGAAUGUAGUUUCCACCAUCUUUGUGCUGGCGCUUUUAGUGCUGGCGCUGCGAAUCGCCUACAAGAUCCAUAGGAAGAAAACGUUGUACUUUUACGAUGUUUGGGCUAUUUUGGAUAUUGUUAUUGUGUUCCUGAGCGCCUGCUCGAUUUAUCUGUAUUACGCCAGGCAACAUGCGAUCCAGAUCUACAUCGAUGCGGUAUCUGAGGCCAAGAACAACGAUUUUGUGCAAUAUUUUCAGCUGUUUGCUGCGGAUAAUGUUUUAACCGCAUUGUCAGCUACACUGGUGUUUGUGGCGACGCUUCGCUUAUGGAAGCUACUGAGAUUUAUGAUUAUAGUGAAAGUGGCCGAGAAAACCGUGCGGGAUGCUGGAACUUCCUUGCUCUUGUGCUGGGCCUAUCAACUGUUGCUGGUAGUUGCCUUUUCUGCGACUGGGAUUAUGUUCUUUGGCGGAUACUCCCAGAACUUCAAAAACUUCAAUUCCGCCUUCUCCACGCUGCUGCUGUUGAGCCUGAAUUUGUGCGGCACUCUCGAGUUGAACGAUCUGUACAAACAUCCGCUCGGCAUCGCUUUCUACAUACUCUACAUGCUGGUUUCGUUCUUCUUCAUCAACAUCUACAUUGCCAUUAUCAGCUUGUACUAUGCGGACUCGAAGGACUUUUAUGCGGACGAGCCGCGCUUUAUGCAGAAGUUCGUGCAGCAGAAGUGGAAGUUUUAUAAAAACCUGCUGAUGGUUCGUGGAAGAAAAAUGCGCGGUGGAGAAGACGAGAUCAACGAUGAUCGAAUAAUAAAGCCGAAAUCCGGAGAAAGAUAUCAGGACUGUUUCACAAUUGCGAAAAGUCGACUGGAUGGCAUGGCUUUGGUGACAAUUUGCGUAUUGCGGAACAUGGAAGAACAUCGAUCCAUGACCGAGAAGGAUUUUGAUCUGAUGUCGAAAACUAUUAAAUUGCUGCACGAAGAUGAGUCGACAGACAAACAGGUGUUUUUCACCACUGGCGAUUCGCGGCGCAUAACAUUUGUGGACGAUCGGAAAAUCCAGCAAAUCGCCGAUAUUUGCGAAAACCUAGUCCAGUACUGUAUGCGAAAAACGCGAGUUUCCAGACAUUUGCCCCCAUCAUUGAUUGAUGAACGGAUUUCGCGAAUUAACACAUUGAUUGAGAACAUCAGGAUGAUUGAGAGCGUUUUGGGAAACGUGCAAAUUCGCCAUAAGUGACUGAUUUUGUUUCGAUUUUAUUUUGCAUGGUACAGGCAGAUGUAUUGUUUGUGGCAAAUACAUUAAUGUUUCUCAUACCGUUCAGACAAGCGUGUAAUAAACAGCUCAAUCGAUGAAGCGUCUAUAAAAAUAUACAAAUACAUUUUGAAAUUCUUUGGCGUGAGCGUUAAAAGCUUUGAUUUGGAACCAAUUGUUCUAAUGGAACGAAUCUGGCACAUUCCAGAACGCCACAGGAAAAACCGCACAAAACCUGCCAUUUUAAUUCAUUUAUUUUGAAAAUUAAAUUUAAAUACAAAUAUCGAAAAGACCAAAUAAAUCCACGGGGUUAUUUUGU